AUGUUUCUUCUUUUAGCCAACGCUGGGGCCUGCUAUCCAAAACAAGAUCCCUCAGAGCGUGGUGGCGGUCACAUGAUCUCGACGGAUGACCUUGAGUACCCGCGGGAGUACCGGACGCUGGGGAACGGGACGCGGCGUUUCUCCAACGUGGGUCUGGUGCACACCUCGGAGCACCGCCACACGGUCAUCGCAGCCCAGAGCCUGGAGGCCCUUACCAACCUGCACAAGGUGGACAUGGAGCGCAAGAGGGACGCCUUCAUGGACCACCUGAAGAACAAGUACCCGCCCCAGCUGCAGCACCCCGGGCAUCAGCACCACAACCCCCCCUCGCCCUCACCCUCCCACGGCAGCAUGAGGCAGCCUGACAGAGAGCGAGCCGCUCGCGAACAGCAACAACCCAACUACUGGAGCUUUAAGAGUCGUAGCCCGCGUCACUCCCAGUCCACCCAGUCUGGGCUAGCUGAGCAGGCUGCUAAACUGUCCUUUGCCUCGGCUGAGUCUCUGGCUGAGACCAUGUCUGAGGCUGACAUCCCCCUGGGGUUCAGCCGAACCAACCGCUUCCGCCAGAGUCUGCCCCUGUCCCGCUCAGCCAGCCAGAACAAGCUGCGCUCCCCAGGCGUGCUGUUCCUGCAGUUUGGGGAUGAGACUCGGCGGGUGCACAUCACCCACGAGCUGAGCAGCCUGGACACGCUGCAUGCCCUCAUCGUGCACAUGUUCCCCCAGAAGCUGACGGCAGGGAUGCUCAAGUCCUCCAACACGGCCAUCCUGAUCAAGGACGAGGCGCGCAACGUCUUCUACGAGCUGGAGGACAUCCGGGACAUCCAGGACCGCAGCAUCAUCAAGAUCUACCGCAAGGAGCCCAUCUACGCCUCCUACCCCGCCACACACCUGGUCAACGGGGACCUGAGGAGGGAUCUGGUGUACACAUCCCGAGAGUCCUCCCCCACCCGCCGCCUCAACACCCUGCCAUCCUCCUCCGCCUCGCCCCCCUCCGGCUCCCCAGCCCGCUCCCGUCUGUCCUACAGUGGGGGUCGGCCUCCCUCCUUUGCCGGGCCGGGCAGUCACCCCCAGCUCCAACAACACUCCCAGCACCAGCAGCACCCCCAGCAGCACCAGCCCCAGCACUCCCACCACGGGGGCCACAACACCGGCCUGUCCUCCUCCCCUAGCGCCAUCCUGGAGCGCCGUGACGUCAAGCCCGACGAGGAGGUUUCUGGGAAGAACCUUAUGCUGGUAAAGGAGGGGCUGUACGCCGACCCCUACAGCCUGGUACACGAGGGCCGCCUCAGCAUCGCCUCCACACAGUCGCUGGCCGCCAUUGGAGACCCCUUUGGCUUCCCCGUGUCCGGUGGGCUGUACCGCCGCGGCUCUGUGCGCUCCCUCAGCACCUACUCUGCUGCCGCCCUGCAGGGGGAGCUGGAGGACGCCCUGUACAAGCCUGGAGGUCCCCUCUACUCCGACUCCUACUCCUCAGCCACACUGGGUAUGGGCUUCCGCAUGCCCCCCUCCUCCCCACAGAAGAUCCCUGAUAUGCAGCUGAGGGACAGGGGGGACUCGUACUCUAGCUCCCCCAGCCGAGCCUCCCCGGUCAGGCAGAACUUCCGCAAGGACUCAGCCUCCUCUUCCGUGUUUGUGGAGAGCCCCAAGUCCAGGCCCAGCUCCAGCUCUGACCCUCUGGCCCUGCAGGCCGGGCCGGGAGGGGACGGGAGCAGGUUUGCGCCCGGAUACAGCUCCCCACUCCAUGGAGAGACUUCUGAGUCCAGGGACCGUGCGGACCGUCUGGACCGUAUGGAGGCCAUGGAGAAACAGAUAGCCAGUCUGACAGGCCUGGUUCAGAGUGUACUGACCAAAGCACCCGACAGUGACACCACAUGCGGCCUACUGCGUCUCUGCAUGAUGGCGGGCUGCCCUCCGGACCAGGGCUCGGAGUUCUCACGGCCCUUCCCUUUCUCUUCCAGCGAGAAGACCGAAUCCAACAGCGACGGCUCCGCCACUGGAACUGGGCGGCUGAAGCGGAAAGCUCUGACGCCGUCGGCCCCGCUGGCUCUGAUGCCCCCCCCUCCCACCGGAGACAGCCAGGUCACCACCGUCACCCGGCUGCAGAUGCAGCUUCACCUCCACGACCUGCAGCAGAACGCCACCGACCUGCGCAAACAACUCUCCCAGCUCCGCAAGAUGCAGCUCCAGAACCAGGACAGUGUGAAGACGCUGCUGAAAAGAACGGAGAAGGAGCUGAAAGUGCGUGUGAGUGACGCUCUGAGGAAGCAGGAGGACCCUCUGCAGCGACAGCGCCUCCUGGUGGAAGAGGAGAGACUCAAAUACCUCAACGAGGAGGAGUUUAUCAUCCAGCAGCUCCAUGACCUGGAGAAGUCCGUGGAGGAUAUCCAGAAGGGUUCGUCUGUCAAUCACAAACUGGUGACGGUUCAGGAGCUGGAGGAGAAGGCCUCACUUCUGAGGAAACUAGGAGAGACACUCACAGAGCUCAAGAACCAGUUCCCCAGUCUGCAGAGUAAGAUGCGGGUGGUGUUGAGGGUGGAGGUGGAAGCCGUCAAGUUCCUGAAGGAGGAGCCACACAGACUGGACGCCCUGCUGAAACGCUGCAAGAGCGUCACUGACACACUGACCACUAUGCGCAGGCAAGUGAAAGAGGGUGUAUGGAAGAAGCAGGAGGACUUCCCCAAGCACAGCAGUGAGGACUUCCGUAAGAGUUCUGACUUUGACAAGCCCACCAGCCCCCCUCUCAACCUCAGUGACCUGAGGGGCGGCAGCAGCCUGUCUAACUGGAGCCCCCACUCCAGCCACAGUCACGGUCAUGGACACAGCCACCCCUCCUCUGGCCCUCACAGGGACACUCAUCCCCCUGUGCCUCACAAGGGCCGGGCCCUGGAAGAGCUGGCCAACCGCGCUGCCGCUGAUAAGGCUGUGUCUGUGGAGGUUCGACUGGCAGCAGAGCGGGACUGGGAGGAGAAGCGGGCCAGUCUGACCCAGUACAGUGCUCAAGACAUCAACCGUCUGCUGGAGGAGACCCAGGCUGAGCUGAUGAAGGCCAUCCCAGACCUGGACUUUGCCGCCAAGCAGAUCAACAAGCCCUCCUCCAACACACCCUCCCAGUCUCAGAUCACCCAGAGUGGGGGAGGGACCCCAGAUCACCGCCCUACCAAGCCCCAGCACGCCACACACAAGCUCUCGGGGAAGGAACCUGGCUCCAGACGUGGUUCUGAUGCAGAGCAGUUGACAGUGACUCGCUAUCGUACAGAGAAGCCCUCGAAGUCGCCCCCUCCCCCACCACCUCGACGCAGCUUCCCAUCAUCCCCGGCUGGACUGAUCACCCGCAGCGGAGAGACCCUUAUCCCCGGCAAGAGCAUGAAGUCGGAGGCGGAGGAGGCAGAAGCACAGAAGCCCCAUGUGAAGCUGCGACGGACGGUGUCUGAAAACCCGCGUCCUGCGUCCACCCCUCCCACCAUCGCCUCUGGAGACAAGGAGGAGGGAGAGGAGGACAUGAUCGCUGCUGAACUGGAGCUGUUUCAGAGAGCCCCCCUCAGGCUCAGCCACCCCCCUCCCCUGUCCCUGCCCAUUUCCCCCCGCAGCAGGACCAGCGUGCCCCCCUCCAGCCUCGACCUAUGGCCCCCAGGGGCCCUGUGCACCAAGGUAACACCCUCCCUGACCUCGCGAGGGCUUGUGUGGACUGCUAGUGCUCUCCACAGGGUCUCCUGUCAAACACAGCAGCUGGUCACCAGCACACAGAAUACUGUCUACCAGCUGUCUAGAGCAUCGUUGGACUGCUCUGGCCUACAGUGGAAGCAGGGCAGCUCAGAAUGCAUACUGGCAUCACACUCACAGGCACAGAGCACGGCCCUUCCUGGUCCGUCCUUCUCUCCUGUCCCCCGGAUCGUGCCGACAGAGUGCGUGUCAGUUUCACCCUCUCCCUCAGAAGGCUUUGUCAGAGACUUGACACAGGACCAUCAGAUGUCCCCAACAGUGAACCAGUCCCAGAGCCAGACUGCUCCUCCCCAGACAUCCCCCAAGAUCCAGGAGGUCUCUAAGGGGAAGGAUCCCGUCAGCCAGCCCCAGAGGAAGCUCUCUCGGCGGGGGGAGCUGAGAAUCCUGGAGUCCUUUGAGAAGGAGGAAGAGAGGGAGGAGAGAGAAGAGCUGUCCUUGGUGCUGACUGAGCUGGGGGUGAUGGUGAUGUCACCCUCGGAGGCUCAGAAGCUCAGCAGGACCUGGGGAGAGGCUCUACAGACACUCACCAUCCCACCUCAGCCUUCAGAGGGAAGCACUGAAACCCGUCUGUGUGGGGCUCCACUACUGGUAUUCUUCAAGAUUGUGACGGUCAGAGAGGCCUACAGGAAGCUGCAGUUACUGCUGGGCAGGGAGGAGGACACAGGGUCAUCCAAUGUGGUCCCCAAGCCUAGAGCAGGAUCUUCUCACAGCAGCCUGAGCAGCAGCCCCAGUACCCUGGGCUCCAGGAUAACUCUCUCCCCUGAGCAGCAGGACUCUCUGAGAGAGGUUCUGAGGAGAGGGGUGGAGACAGGGGCCAGGAACCUGACACUCCCUCACAGCACUGGAAUAAAGAGCAUUCUUGCCACCCUUCCGGAGCCCAGUCAGGACUCUGCAGAAGCAGCAGUGAAACCCAAUGGGUCUGCAGGUUGUGAGGAGAGCCAGGCCAGGGAAGAACAGGGACCGAACCCCUGGAAGCAGGGAGAGGACAUUAGGAGCAGCACCUACAGGAGGCUGGACAGCCUGGAUGAAACCAUCCGCGAGCUGGAGAACACCCUGCUGGAGCUCAGUGGCCACCCCACCACAGUGCACCUCUCCCCCGCCACUGACACUGCCUUGUCAGAGGCUCCAGACCCAGCCCAGAUGCCUGGCACCAGCACCCCAGAGACCAAGAAGCCCCUAGUCCCACCCAAGCCCAAACCCUCCUACACUCCUGCCACGAUGACCAAGGGAGGCAACAGCUCUUCAGCUGUGGGUAAAGGCCACUCCUCGGCUGCCUCCAGACUGAAGCACCUGCAGCAGAGCGGCACAGAGAAGACCAAAACUGGCAAGAGGGAAGACUUCCUCAAGGGCCAGCAGCAGUGAGUGAGGGACCAGCCUGUGCCCCGUGCCUGUCCUCUCCAGACUCCUCCUCAGCACCAACCACCUGACUACAGAGCUGCAUCUGACCCCCCAUCCCCUGCUACUCCUAGUCCAUGCCCUUAAGCUCCCCUCCCCUCUGUUGGCUUAUCAUGGGUAUUAGCCGUCUCUGACUCCUGUACCCUCUCAUGUCCUACAUUGACCCCACAAUGCACAAGAUAUCUACCACUCUCCCCUUGGUGUGUUUGUGUGUGUGUUCUGUAUGUUUGUGUGUGUGCAUGUCUGUGUGAAUGGAAGGGUGCUGUCAGGGACCACUACCAACUAAAGGACUGUUUCUCUUUUUCCCCCUGAAACCUUUACAAUUUUCCCCAAUUCUCCAUGUUCCUCCUCCUGUUCCUGGUCUGUCCCUGGGUCUGACCCGUAGGCCCAUGGGAACAGCAGCAGCAGUAUUGAGCCCCUCCUGUCAGGCACCAAAGCUGCCAGUUUCUCCGGCCGCCUGUCCUCCUCCAGUUCGGCCUCGACUGUGUUCGC